UAUAAACUCGAUGGUGACAACAUCAUCCAUCUACUUCUAAUCUGAACUGUUUUAUAUAUAAGCAUCUUCACCAUUCAUCUCUAAAUACAUCUCUAAACUCUUCCCUAUGCUUACAGCUAAUUAUCCCCAUCCUUCCAUUAUGCUGUUAUUUCUCUUCUUCCUUUGCAUCUUUAGAUGGUUUCUUCUUGCCUCAUCCGCAUUCGAAGUUACUCAUCUCCCAGGCUUCUUGCAGCAGGGUGCUUUACCUUUCCAUUUAGAAACUGGCUAUAUAGAAGUGGAUGAAGUUUAUGGUGUGGAAUUAUUCUACUACUUCAUAGAGUCAGAAAGAAACCCGAGUGAGGAUCCACUCCUCCUAUGGCUUACUGGGGGACCUGGCUGCUCUGGUUUUUGUGCCCUUGUUCUUGAGAUCGAAAGGUACAACGGGAGCUUGCCAAAUUUAGUUUAUCACACUUACUCCUGGACGAAGGUUUCCAACAUAAUAUUUCUGGACUCCCUAGUCGGAGCUGGAUUCUCUUUUUCCAAUCAUCCACAAGGUUAUGAGUCUGGCGACAAAUCUUGGUCAAAACAUGUAAUAAUAUUUCUCAGAAAGUGGCUUAUAGACCACCAGCAAUUCCUUUCAAAUCCUCUGUAUAUUGCUGGCGAUUCCUAUGCCGGAAAGGUUGUGCCACUAGUGGUUCAUAAUCUUUUAAAUGGUAAUAAAAAACGUACGCGAUGCAUAUUCCUCAAUAUUAAUUUAUUAUUUUUUUGAUCUUUGUUUAGUGAUUACAUUGUCAAGUCCUUAACCAUUU